AAUAUUGGUAAAGUUUGGGUCACUGGAAAUAUGUGUUUAAGGAGUCAUUAAUUAGAGCUUUAUGAGUUUUUCAUAAAUUUCGUCACAAGACUGCUGUGUUUGCCGUGGAAGUAGCAACAUAUGGACUGCAGUGGAUGUGAAAUACAAAGUGCAGUGACCAGAAACGGCGUAAAUAACCGGAAAAUGUCGCACUGAGUCCGGCGGAGACCGAAGAUGGCGUCGCCCUCGGGACGUGGGACCUCCACCUAAGCGCCUGCAAGUCCUUCGCGAGACUCAGGAUGAGUGGAGACGGAGGGGAGGAGGACCAAGUGGCAAAAGUGGAGGCUUCUGCUCCUAUCUCCACCAUUACCACAACAACUGCUACAACAACCGUGACAAACAAUACCUCCACCACCACAACAAUACAGCCGACUGCAGAUCCUGUGGCUUCGUCAUCAUCUUCUGGAUCAGCUGUGAAUGCCAUUGUAACCCCAACCACCACCACUGCAUCAUGUGCAGCAACCCCAUCAGCAACAUGGACUUCCCCGACAGUAGCAACCGCAGCCGAAGAUGGGGCAGAGGAAGAAGAAGGCGAAGAAGAAGGCAGCACAGCAGAUGAGCCCAGCAGCUCCCCAGAACGUGUCCUCAUCACAGCAGAACAGCUAGCGGUGCUCACCAGGGAGGAGUUGGUAGAGAAAUGGGUGCAGCAAGAGAAGUUCAUUGACAGUUUACAGGCCAAAGUGGAUGUGCUUGAAAGAGAAGUUGAAGAGCUGCGUGGUGUGCGGGAGAAUGAAGAGAGACUGAAAGGACAGCUGGCAGAGAUUCAGCGGAAAGAACAGUAUCACAUAAUGAGGCUUUCCAGUAAGGAGCAUGAAUUGCAGGACAUGGGAGCCCAGAUCCAGGAGCUGAAAAGCAUGUCGGCCGGCAUGAGCGGCCUGAAGCACUGUCUACUAGAUCCAGCUGUCAACUUGCUGUUUGAGCGGCUUAAGCGGGACCUUGACACAGCACGCACCAAGAUGGAGGAGACCCAGAACGAACUCUCGGCAUGGAAAUUCACUCCCGAUAGCAACACUGGGAAACAGCUGAUGGCAAAGUGUCGCCUUCUCAUUAAGGAGAAUGAGGAGCUUGGCCGAAUGAUCUCCUCAGGUCGACUGGCAAAGCUGGAGGGCGACCUUGCUCUUCAGAGGAACUUUAGCGAGGAACUCAAGAAGUCUCAGUCGGAGUUGGAUGAGUUCCUGUUAGAGAUGGAUGAGGAUACAGAGGGGAUGCAGGGGACCAUAUACUACCUCCAACAGCAGCUGCGGCAAGCUAAGGAGCGCAUCACUCAGUUGACUGGCCAGCUUGCAGUUACACAGACUCCUGGCACACAGGCUGCAGAUGAUUCCAGCAGCCUGAUGGCUCCAGAAGGAGCCAGUGAUGUUAACAGUGAGGCAGAACGGACAGAGGAAAGGACACAGGUGCCCCAGCCGAAUGGGGACACUUCUCAUUAUGAGCCACAGACUAAUAGUGAGGUUUCAGAUAGAGACACAGCAGCAACUCCACUGACGAACGGGCGCAAACGGACGCAGAGUGAAAUAGAUGAGGGGACAGAAGUGGCUGAAGGGGGGAAUAAUGGUACAGGGGAAGAGUAUGUGGGUGAGGCUGGUGGCAUUGCACCCAGAAAACGGACCAGAACUGACAGUGAGGCCGAGGCUGUCACUGUAAGUGGAGGAGGUGAGGAAAGCACAGUAGUGGAGAAUGGAGUGAUGGAAUCAGAAUAGGCUAUUAAGGUGGCAUUGCUUGUAGUGUUUUAUUAGCAAGAGGGUACUGUCAUGUGAAUGACCAUCAGAACAGGCAGUUACAAGGAAUGGCUCUCUCUCCUUACUAGCCCUUGGUGGUAAGUUGUGUGGGCCUUGGGAUAUUUUGCCACCCUAGCCUGUUGGAUUUCAUCGGAUACUACAGUCACUGUCCAAAUUUUGUACAGACAGCUAUUAACAUUUUUGUACAGACAAUUCAGAAAUUUUACGAAAUGUGUCAACAUUGUGUAUAGGCUCAUCUGGACUCUCAGUGUACUACAGGCAGUCUCAUGUACACUGCAGGGUUCCAGAAUCUGCAUCUGCCCAUCCAGCCAAUAUACACUGCAGACAAUAACAGUGAAGGCUCAGCUGCCUACCAGUUUGUGCUCAACAUCUAGCCCAACAUGGUGUACUUCCAGGUGUUCAUGUGUACCAUAUAUGUAUUCAGUUUUAUCCAUGGCCAUAAAUGUUCUUUUUCUAUACUAUAGCUUCCAUUUUUUAUAAUCUAUAAGUAGGUCAUAUACCAGUGGAACUCUUUAUUUUGUAUUGUUUUAUGCCCUUUGUGUUGUACCCCCGCCCCUCUUUCACACAUGGGUCAUGUUUAUUUUUCUGUUAGUCUGUAAUUUACAGUAACUUCCAUGCUUCAUACCUAGUCACAGUGACCUACUUCUUGCAUUUACCUCUGUGCUUCACAUUUCAGGUUUUUACAAGUAAUUUUCCAAUGCUCAUUGGCACACUUAUGUCUUGCCUCUUUUAUGUUUGUACACUUUUGUAUGAUUAAUGUUAAAACUUGUAUAUCCCACAAGCAGCCGUAUUAUAAUUCAAAAUAUGUA